UCCUGUCUCUUCAUUCAGUCCGGGCCAGGCUCCCUGACUGACGGGUAGUUAACGGACCUCCCGGUUAUUAUUAUUAUGUAAACGGGGUUAUGUUUCCCGUCACAAACGGACAAACGGUGUGUGGAAAUGUCUCAACUUUUUAUUCUUCUGCUGAAUGAUCGUUUCAGUUUGGAUUUCAUCUUCAAGAAAACAAUUUUUUUGGGGGAAGUUUGAACCAACUGGCGCUCUUUUGAUUUUUCUUCUAACUUGUGUAGGAAUGUAAGCUAACUUUCCCAACUUUUAUCUAAUGGAUACAGAGAUAUUAUUGGAGUAUUUACAUACGUUUUUUUUGUGUGAUAUUUGAGGAUUUUUCUUUUGAGGUGGAAGUGGACUAGCUAGCUAACGUUAUUCCAUCUAGACUCGAACAAGUUUUCAUCACCUAACGUUAGCUAGCGGCGAAGAAUGUUUUUUUCUGGUCAUCUCAACUGUUCCAGUAGUUUUGUUGUGUUUACGUGAAUUAAAAAAAUAAAAUAAAAAUGAUUUCGGAGGAGAGAAGCAGUCACGUAAAUAAACAAGCCCUUAACUUCCCCGUGGGUUUACUGAUCCGCUCUCCAAAGAAGCGACUGGCCAAACUGGGCAGGAAACCCAGCAAUGGAUCUGUCCAGUCCAAUAACUCGGACAUCACCGUCCGCUCCACAGAGAGUGUCGGUGUCCGGCAGCCGGCCAAGAGCAAAAUCCGCCGCCACAACAACAGGCUUUCAACUGUCUUUAACCACAGCCCAAACAGUGGACGCCGCAGCCAGGCGCUGGGCAGUGGGUGCCUGGCUGCUGACCCCCAGGCUGCAGACGACCCGGCAGAGCUGUCCAGUCAAAUGUCUGUCCCUGGCAUCCUGAAGAUUUUUGGCAGCGACAUCUGUCAGGGGACCAACUAUAAAAGCGUGCUGGCCACCACACAGUCCAGUGCAAAGGAGCUGGUGAAGGAGGCCUUGGAGAGGUACUGCCUGGAGAAAGAAGACGCCAACGACUACGUUCUCUGCGAUGUGAUCGGUAAGACGGGCACAGACAACCAGUGGAAGAGGGAGUGUUUCCGGGUGGUGGGAGACAACGAGAAGCCCCUCAUGCUGCAGUCACUUUGGAAACCCAAAGAAGGCUUCUCCAGGCGUUUUGAAAUCCAGCUGAGAGCGAGCGUUGAAGAGCAGAGCUUAAAGGACAGAGACACAGUCACAGCAGGCAUCAAUGCUCAGGCUCGUAAGCUUCAGAAGAGCCGCUCCCGAGUGACCUCACUGUUUGUGGACGGCAGCGGGGAGGAUGUGGAUGGACUCAGCAUCUGGAGGAGUCUGAGUGAGAUGGAUCUGUCUGCGAUGGGGAAGGAGGCCAGCCGGGCCCAACAGAGCGCGCUCAGAGAGGAUCCAGAGGCCGAGGCUGACAAGGAGGUCCUGCGACUGGGCAUGGAGAAGGAGGAGACGGAGAGCAGCGACGACAACACCACCCAGUACUCCAUUCACCCACCCUUUGACUUCCCGUACUUCCUGCUUCUGCAGGGCUACAGCCACAGACAGGAUUUUGUCAUCUACCUGAUGAGUGGGACCACCACCAUAUUUGGCUGCUGCAGGGAGCACUGUAACGGAGAAGACGAGGAGAGGUUAAAGGUGGACAUCCUUCUCUUUGCUCCGGAUGUGUUGCCUCAACACUGCUGUGUCAGACGCCUGGACUCCUCCACAGGGGAACACAGAAAGACCUUGACAAUGCUGAAGCCCCUUCACGGUGCUCCUGUGACCAGAAAUGGUUUCCUCCUUAAAGAGGAGGUGGAACUGAACCCAGGGGACUUGGUGGGCUUGGGAAAACACUACCUGUUCAUGUUUAAGGAUCCUACCAGUGCAUCAGGAUCCCUCCAGACCCCUCCGUGGAUGACCACACUCUGCCCGAACUCGGAUACAAAGACAUCAUCCUCUUGUUUAUCAUGUGGCUCCUCUGUUACCAUUAAAAAGCUCAAGAGGAAGCCUUUACCACCUCUUUGGAGGGACCUGGAGGGCACAGAGGCCUUGGUAAUAUAUGAGCUGGAGCAGGAGGAGAGGGUCCUGCAGGAGGUUUUGGAUAUGUUGGACCCCAGUGGAAGUGAACCAAAGCUGACGCCUGCUUUCCUGCUGAGCCUCUGCAUUCAGCACUCAGCCGCCACGUUCGAGCUGACACACUUCAGACAGCUGCUGCUCCGGAUAGCCAGCCAGAUCCAGCUCGUUAUGUGGGAGAAGACAAAGGAACUUGCAGCCAUCCAAACAGAAAUGAGCUCCAGUGACGGGCAGCCCGAGCAUGUUCAGUUGCUCAGCAUGGAGGAGCUGAUCCCAGGUCUGCAGCCUCUGGUGCUGUGGAUGGCCAACUCCAUCGAACUGCUGCACUUCAUCCAGCAUGAAGUCCCUCAGCUGCUGCCCUGGAGGCAGGGCCAGGAGGACGAAGGUCUGUUGGACUCUGAGAUGUCCGCCACUCGCACAGCCUGUGAGGAAGCCAUGACAGUCCUGGAGGAAGUCAUCAUGUUCACCUUCCAGCAGUCUGUCUACUAUCUAACAAAGAGUAUGUAUUCAGCCUUGCCUGGUCUGCUGGAUGGGAACCCGUUCUCAGAGGGCGGUCAGCUGCGAGUGCCUGAUGGACUCGCCGGCAUCCUGGAGGUGCUGAAGGAAGCGCUGAAGCUUCUCACAGCCUUCCAGGUCCAUCCAGACAUCUCGUUGCAACUCUGUGCCUACCUGUUCUUCUUCAUCAACGCAUCGCUGUUCAACGCCCUCAUGGAGAGAGGAUCUGUUGCUGGGUUCUACCAGUGGUCCCGAGGUGUUCAGAUCCGGGCCAACCUGGACCUGCUGAUGGACUGGAUCCAGAGCAUCGGUCUGGGCGAUCUGGCCAGCGAGUUCUUCCAGAAGCUUUCUGCUGCUGUCAAUCUGCUGGCCACACCCAAAGAAACCCUCCUGCAGGCGUCCUGGGCUUCUCUCAGGACUGAAUUUGCUGCCCUGAACGCUGCUCAGCUUCACCACAUGCUGAGGGAGUACAGCUCUGGUAAAGCCUGUCCCACCGGAUGGACCCCGUCCCCGGAUGAUGCAGAGGACACUAUCAGGACGGCCGACAUCCUGGAGAACUUUGACAACCACCCACCGCUCAUCCUGCCCAGCAGCACCUUUCACCUGGAGCUGGGUAAACCCGUCGUGGAGCCCGCUCUGUUCCAGCAGCUCGGUCAUCUGCAGGAGUUCAUACGCCAACUCCCUCGCAGUGAAACCCAAGCCGAGCCCGAUGCGGAGGAACAGGACACUGCCCAUCAGGGGGUCUCUGACCCGGUUACCUGCCCCUCCCCUGAGGCAGACCGGGACCGUAGCCACCCUGCAGAGCCGCCUCAGGCCAGAGGAUCUCAUGGUGACCUGAGCAGCUGUGAGGCAGUCCUGACCCAGAAGCUGAAGAGCCUGGAGCUGCAGAACACCCUCCCAGGACAGGCCGACAUGACUUACCACAAGAGCCUGGCACUGGACCCGUCCUGCCUGCUGACGCCGCCCAACACCCCGCAGGGUAUGGAGUUGGCCGAGCUGGAGGCUGAUUUGCAGGAGGGCGCCCGCCAGCAAAAGAAAGCCAGUGGAUGUGCUGAGAGGAAGACGGAGAAUGUAGAAGAAGAAGACAGGGAGGAAGUGUUCACGGUCGAGCUUCACAGAGGACCUCACGGUCUCGGCCUGGCGCUCGUGGACGGGACGAAAACGCCGCUGAGAAUAAGCGGCAUUUAUGUGAAGUCCGUGGUUCCCGACUCACCUGCCGCUCAGUGUCAGAAACUGAGAACUGGCGAUCGCAUCCUGGCGGUUAACGGCAUCAGUGUAGUCGGUAUGGAGUAUAACAUUGGUAGAGAACUGAUCCGAUCAUCAGGAGACUCUCUCAGACUGCUGGUGGCCAAAAUCGACUCAAAGACGGGCAACAGGAGCUCGGCUACAACUAAAUGCUGAAGGAAGAGCUGUGUGUGGACGAUCAAGUGCAAUUGGGAAUACUGUGGGACGUUUGGUUCAUCUUACCUGCUGCAUCCAAAGUCAGUAUAUCUCACAGGAUUAAGGAGAAACACAACCUGCUUCUGUUUUCAGUGCGUCGAGACAAUCAACCCAAAGCAGCAGGACUGACUCGAGACUGAGGGCAUGGUCAAGUUUUUAAAAGCUCAUUCUGCUGUCACAGCUCCUUUCUGCCCUAUAAACAAACUCUGCGUCGGACUCGACUCCACACUCAUAAACCAUGAGGCUUUGGCGGUGAGGAAAGUAGCAGUUGUGAAACAUCUAUUUGAAUGUCCGAGUACACAGUAUUCUGUCUGAAGAGCUUCAUCGAGCUGCUCCAGGAUCAAGAUUCAUGUCUGGCAACAACUGGAAUUAUUCAUUUUUAAAUUAUGGCUAUUUUGUUAUUUUAUAACAGUGAAACCGUUUGUUUUACAAUGAAAGAACCUCCUUUUGUUAGAAAGUCUUUACUCACUUCAAUUUCUUUACACAAGUAAAAGAUCUGUCAUUGGGCAUCAUAUGUGGACAAUAUAUAUUUGUUAAUAUUCUGUCUUUUGAACAUAUUUCUAGAAAUUUCAUAACAAGGAAAACCAUAUUGAGCUCAAGAGGAAUUAUCUCAACUUACCGGGAAAUUUUUUUGUUGUUGUUUUGAAGAAAAAUACAAGUCGGAAAAUAUGAUUUUCUCUCUUGCAUUCAGCAGUUGUUCGUUUUCAUUGUGGCCUUCAGAGCUUCGCACACAUCUUUCCACUGUGAAAGCUCAACUUUUAUAUGGCAUUGAACUCCAUUGAAAGUAUUGAUCUGUUACAGCAGCAGGCAAAGUGAUGGGUAACACUAAAUGUCCAGGAUUAAACAACAAGAAUAAUUAGACAGUCAGGUAAAAACCCUUAACCUGCAAUAUUUUAUGUAUUUAAACAAACUGGAGGGUUACACGUUCCUUUUUAAAGCUGCUGUAAUCAAUUUCUUCUUUUUUUUAUCAAUGAAACACGAUAAAACAAAAUUUAUUUUAACAUUGAAUCACAUGACUCAUGCUGCAUUCACACUGACUGCAUUUUUGGCGGCGCAACUACAUACAAAGUCAAUACAAAGACACAAAUAGAUGGUGUGAUGCGGAUGACACGAACCGCCUAAAAUGCAUCCUUCGCUUAGUCACGUCCUUCGCGUGUUCACAUGAGUUGAAGUAUUAGAACUCGAGCGAGACAGUUGCGUUAGACGUUGUUGAAUCAGAAAUGGAGGAACAAAUUAUUGUAGCUGUGUGUGGGCAUCCGGAGCUCUAUAGCACCCUAUUGUUUACAGAAACUAGAAAAAGGAGCUUUCUCGGGGAAAAGUAAGUGGGGAAGUUGGACUGCCUGGUUCCGAAAUGAUGUGUAUGUUGUUGUUGAUGCAGCAAUGUUAGCGAAGCCCUGAUCGAUCCAAACUUUAUUUAGAAAACAAGCAUUUUAAAUGUUUGCUUGUCGUCUUGCGGACAGACCUGACAAAGUAUGAAUCCAGAACUUUACAAAUCAGCAUCAUUGUUGUUACAGUAUUUUGGCAUACUUUUGAACAGUUUAUUGCAAUUAAACAAACGGCAAAAUCCGUAUCUCAAGUAGCUUACCGUUGAAAACGGCUGUCAUGCACAUGUAACGUUUAAUUCUUGUAGAAGGCAGAGAGAUGCACAAGUAACGCAAUUAAACACAAAUUAAUCUAAUGUGAUCCUGCCAUCAAACUUAAAGCGACUAUUAGAGAAUAUUCAGAGAAAUAGCUGUAAAAAGCCACUGUACACGAACUGCUCAGCAGCAAACAUCAGACAGACACAGUUAGAGACUAGCUGGUGAACAAAGUGGAGCAUUUAGCAGCUAAAGAGACAUUAUAAAGAGAGAUUUCCCUCAGGAGUUGGUAGAGACCAAAAUCUGAGCUAAAAAAAGAGAGAAAUUUGGACUUCCAUCCAUCAGGUGGACAGAGGUGUUUCCAUGCUUUAUGCUUAGCUUCAUACUUACCCUAAAGACAUGAAAGUGGUAUCAAUCUUUCUCAUCUAACUGUCAAUGUUAUUCCUUUAAAGCCUUACUGUCGGAAGUUUGGGCCCAAAUCAUAAAACAUCUCAGAGUUACUCAUCUGAGAUCGGCUUAUAUGAAAAAAAAAUAUACAUCAGCAGAUAUGUUGUAAUAUGUUUAACACUGUAAAACAACAAACUGCUGCAGCCCUCAUCUGAAGUCUGUCCGUGUUUUCAUCCCAAAUGUGUUAAGUAAAGUAUAUUGAUAAACAGUAUUAUUCACAGUAUUUUGUAAUAUUUAUAUUGCGCAGUAUUUUUGAAACUAUGUAAUAAAUAUUAUUUUGACUUUGAAAACCUUGAA